AUGGUUGCCAGUGCAGAUAUCCCCAUCAUCGACAUAUCCGGAGACCAGGAUGUCGUCGCCAAGCAGUUGGUUGACGCCGCCCAGGAGCACGGCUUUAUUUACAUAAGAAAUCUUGGAGCGGACAUAUCCGCCAACAGCAUUGACGGAGCCUUUGCAUUGUCCCGGAAGCUGUUCGAUGCUCCCCUCGCUGAAAAGCAGGCAUGUACUAUCCAGACAAAUAACCGCGGUUGGUCUGGUAUGCACUCGGAGACUCUGGAUCCUAAACAUCAAAAGAUUGGAGACUUCAAAGAGGCCUUCAACUUUGGCGAAUUCAUCGACGGAAAAGCCCAGCAGCCUCUCCCUCCCACCAUCGCAGAGGAUGAGCCUCAGGUCAGCGCAUUCGCAGACUCGUGCCACAAACUCUGCCGGAAGCUCCUUCACCUCCUCGGAAUAGGCCUCGAGGUUAGUGAUUUCUUCUCCUCGGCGCACAUCACCAACGGCGAAUCCAGCUCCAUCUUGCGAUUCCUCCGCUACCCACCACCUGAUCAGACCUCUUCCUCCAGUGAUGAUGUCCGUGCUGGUGCACACUCUGACUACGGCUCAAUCACUUUGCUCUUCCGGCUGAAAGGCCAGGCAGGCUUGGAGCUGCAAAAGAAAGACGGCUCUUGGGCUCCCGUCCCAGUCUGUCCCCCAGGCUCAGAGAACGACCCCAGUCCCCCUAUUCUGAUCAAUAUCGGAGACUUGCUCUCCUAUUGGACCAACGGGCUGUUUAGAAGUACCGUCCACAGAGUGGUCUUCCCUUCUAACGAUGCAACAAGUAAGGUAGAGGGCGAGACUAGCGCGGGACCGCGUUACUCGAUUGCCUUCUUCUGUCAUCCCGCAGGUUCGGUGGCGUUGGAGCCUGUGCCAAGCGAGAGGGUAAAGAACUUCAACCCGGAUGAGAGCGCGCCGAACGAGAACCCGUAUGCCGAGAGGAAGGUCAUGACGGCAAAUGAGCAUCUCUUUAUGAGAUUAAAGGAGAGCUACGGUACUUUGUACGAUGAUGAGAAGAAGCCGUGA